AUGGUCCCUCUCCCAGAGGGUCUGAAGACCUUGAUGGGCCGUCUAGAGACGUUCCUAACGCCGCAUACCAUCCCCAAGCGACGCGCCUCGAACUCGAAGAAGAAGACUCCUGCUUCAGUGACCUGGCCCCAUAAGAAGCCCAACCCCGAAGAGCUUGCCUUCGCCGGAUUCUACUACACGCCCACCGCCGACAACAUCGACAACGUCCGGUGCCUUGUCUGCAGCAGCCAGCUCGAUGGAUGGGAUCCCAUCGAUGUUCCAGCUUACGAGCAUCUCCUCCACGCGCCAGAAUGCGGAUGGGCCAUCAAUGCCUGCAUCCGCCUCCGCCUCGGCGACCCAAAUCGCGUCGAGGAAGACCCGAUGAGCGAGAAGAUGGUCGAGUCUCGAAGGGCCACAUACAUGGAGAGCUGGCCCCAUGAGGACAAGAAGGGAUGGAAGCCAAAGACUCAGAAGAUGAUCGAAGCUGGCUGGUGCUACGACCCGAGCCCAGAUGCUGACGACGGCGCUUCCUGCCACUACUGCCACUUAGCUCUAGAUGGAUGGGAGCCAAAGGACAAUCCUUUGACGGAGCAUCGAAAACGCUCUCCGGACUGUCUCUUCUUUGCACUUGUCGACGAGUAUGCUGCCACGAGGCAGCCUGCUUCGAAGAAAAAGGCUAAGGGUUCGAGAAUUUCAAGAGCAUCACGUUUGUCUACACAAUCAAAUCUAACAUCUUUCUCUGAAGCUCCAUCCUUGAUGUCCAUCGACGUCGAUGAGGUUAUGGCCGAUGUCGACGAUAGCGUUAUGACGAAUGCGACGAACGCCACAUCUACCACUACGAAAGGCAGAAAGGCGAAAGCGAAGGCCCCUGCGAAAGCGACGCGCAAAAUAACACGAGGCAAGAAAGCUGCCUCCACGUCCGGAUCUAUCAAUCUGAACGAUUUCCCAGCUCCUCCAGAGGAGAACCACGGAUUCGAUACCGAUGAAGCCAUGGCCGAUAUCGAUGAUAGCAACAUGACAAAUGCCACGACUACCAAGGGCAAGAAAGGAAAGGCAAAGGCCGCCACCAAGAAGACGACCCGAGGCAAGAAAGCAGCCUCUACGUCUGAAUCUAUCAUGCUGGACGAGCCCGCAGCCCCCGUGGAGGACCGCGAGAUGGAGGUUGAUGAAGUCAUUGCCCAUGUCGACGACAGCAUCAUGACCACUGCCACGGAUGCUACCACCACCAAGGGUCGGAAAGGAAAAGCAAAGGCUCCGGCGAAGACCGCCCGCAAGACCACCAGGGGCAAGAAAGCCGCUUCCAUAGCCUCUACAUCCGAACCCAUUAUACUGGACGAGCCUGCUGUCACCACGAGUAUGGACUGGGAGCUAGAAGCCCUUCAGCCAUCAGAACACGACAGCCCAACACCGAAACGAGGCGCCAAACGAAUGAGCAAUGGCACCAAGAAGACUGACUCUCCAAUUGCCAUCCUGGAGGAUCAGCAUGAGACCACAGAGGCCCCCACACCGCUGCCAAAGAGGGUCAAAAAGACUCUCAAGAAGGCCCAGAUUCCAAGCGAAUCCUCAUCCGACGUGGAGAACAAGCCACCUUCGGCUCGUCCUGCGUCUGUUCGGCCACCACUGUCCGAACGUCGGGGGGUCUUCGACUCUCCAUCCAAGCGUGCAGCAGGCAACACAAAACUGGGCGGAUUCGGCUCUAGCAUGCCCUGGAAGCCAAUUGACCUCGAAAACGUGUUCAAUUUCUCUCCUUCCGUCCCGACACUUGACACGGCGCUGGAUAAGGAGAACUUUUUCCAGGUGUCUGGAGAAGCUGAAGUCGCCAAAGUUCGUGAAGGGCUGACAGAGGCUGAGAGGGGCAUGUCAGUGGAGGAAUGGAUCGUCCAUAAUGCCGAGAGAGGCGAGGCGAUUUUAAGGGCGGAAUGUGAGCGUAAGAUAAAUGUGUUCGAAAUCGAGGGUGGCAAGGCCCUCCUGGCGCUGGAGGGGAUUCAGUGCACUAUUUGA